CAAAAAGAUAUUAAGAUAUGUGAUAUCUUCAAUUCAUCAACUAAAUCCGUUACUUACCCUAAUACGUUAAAUUCCCCACUCCUUGUCAUAUGGAUUCUUUCCUUGCCUUGCGUGUGCAGUAUUCGUCAAUUAUCAGAACAGAUUCAUCAUCCAAAAUUGCAGAUUAAGCUAAAUUGAACAGAUGGUCCAUCUCAUUCAUGGUGCACGAGAAAAUCAAUACCUAGAUAGAAACUUCCUAGAAAAAGGAAAUCCACCGGCCACGUCAAUUGCCAGAAAUUUGUGGUAGGCAUCACUCUGUUACUGUCUUUGGUCCUCCGCCUCGUGGACAUUAUUGAUAGUAUUUAUUCAUUCACCCGAAUGGAGAUAAUCAAUGGACUAUUCUAUACCUAUCCGCGUGGUAAAACGUAACAGGAAACUGAACAGGGGAGAAUUUGAUCCUUGGAGGGCUUUUCAUAUCUUUGCGUCAACAGACGGUAACGCGCCUGUUAUUCUGCAGAACAGAAAUAAGAUUUUGAAGCUUUUGGUCAAGCCAGAUGUUCGUGGAAGCUUUUAGAGAGAGAUGAGAUGGGAUUGGGAUUUCAGAAUCUGCAAUUGAUAUAGGCAUGGCGUUUGCGACUCCAUAUGGGACUACCUUUCGAAGUAUUUUGGUGAAUAAAAACCCUUCUUGUGGCAAUCCAGAGAGAUGUAUUCUUCGAUUGAAUGGCAAAAGAAAAGCACCUGAUCUUAAAAAGUAUGGAGGGAGGCAGAGGAAUUGUUUGCUGAUUAGGUCAGUUAUAGAUAAGCAAAAGGGCAAUGCCAAUGGCAGCGUCAAUGGUUAUAAUACACACAUAAAUGGCUUCAAGGAUCCUGCUAGAGUUGCCCUGGAAAGGCUGUUUUCACAGACACAGCAGCUUGAAGAGAAGAUAAUGGCAGCUUCCAAUGGCCUGAAAGAUAGUAAAGGUAAGUAUGACCUUAAUCUUGAAGGCCUAGAAUCAGACCUUCAGGCUGCAUUGACAGCUUUGAAGAAGAAGGAAGAAGAGAUUCAGGCUGCAGAGAGGGCUGUUGCAAAGGACUGGUGCAGGGUGGAAAGUGCGAGAAAGGAUUUAGAUCUUCGUGAAAAGGAAAUUAUUGCUGCCCAAGUUCUCCAGGAGAGUUUGGAAAAGGAGUUGGAGAAAUAUAGGGAAGAUUAUGCUGUUCGGGCCGAGGAACUAAAGAAAAUAAAACAUCGGCUGAAUGAAAAAGAAACAGAAACUAGCAGCUUCCAAUUUGCAUUGGUAACAAAAGAAGAAGAAUUAAGCAGGUUAAGCAGAGAGUUGGCGAUUAAAAAUGAAGAGCUUAGUAAGACUGGUGCUGAACUUGAAUCAAAAGAUAUGCUUAUAAGUCAAGCAAGUGAGGUCAUGGCUGCACAGCGGUCUGAGAUUGCGGAGCUUCAAAGAGUACUGCAAGAGAGAGAGACUGAAUUAGUGAAAUCCGAGAAGGAAAAGAGAGAGGAGGAAGAGAAGCUAAAGAUUUCUGAGGCCAAUUUGGAGGACCGUGUGGUGGCAUGGUUUUUGGCUCAGCAGGAACUGAAAAAACUGGCACAGGAGGUAAUGAAGUACAAAGGCAGUUCUUUGGCCACAGAGGAAGAAUUGGAAAGAACAAAAAACCUUCUUGCACAAGUAAAGGAAGAGCUGAAAAGUUCACAGAAAUCCAUUGAAUCAUAUCGGCAGAGACUUCAAGCCCAAGAUGCACAACUUGAAUUACAGCGAGUGGAAUUUUCCAAACAAAAGAAUAAAAUUCAAUCAUAUGAGACGUUUUUGAGACAUGCCCACUUGGAAAUCGAAAAUGAGAGAGAGAAGUUAAGGCUUGCAGAGGCUCAUCGCCAGGAGUUGGAACAACAUCUGGCUAAUGAGAGAGAAAAAAUGGAUGAAUUACAGAAAGAGUUGCACCAAGAGAAAUCCUAUCUGAAUCAAUCUGUUGAAGUAGUAAGCUCUCUUAAGAAAGAAUUGGAAAAAAAGGAUGCAUCUUUUAAUGAUGUUCAAACUUUACUGCAGUUCAAAGAAUCAGAGCUUGUUGCAGCCAGGCUUGAAAUGCAGCGUCUGAAGUCUGAUGUUGCAUUUGUUCAAAGGAACCUGAUUGAUAAGGAUAAGGAUCUUGUUGUUGCAAAAAAGAAUCUGGAGGGAUUACAUGAAGAAAUUUCACAGCUCAAGGGCCUCAUGAGAGCCAAAGAAGACCAACUUCUGAAAGCAUCUCUUAUGCUGAAGGACAAGGAGGACCAAUUGAAGAUGAUGCAGUUUGACUUAGAUGACAACAAGCUAAAAUUAUCAGAAGCUGCCUCUGUCGUGGAACACAUUGCAGACCUCACAAAAGCACUGGUAGAGUCUGCCAAAGAAGGUAAAGCUUUAACAAUGGAUGAGGACUCCGUGUUGAUACAAACAAACUGCGAACUGUUUGCCACAAAUCGUGCUUUGCUGGAAAGAGAAUUGCAGCUUCAGCAUAUCCAGGAGAAAUCAGUGGAAGAUCUGAGGAAAUGGAAGCAAUCAGAAGCUGAGCUUGGAUCCAUGAAAGAGUGUCUCAGGCAAAAGGAAAAAGAACUCUUGGAGGCUCAUAGAACCUUGGCUCUGAAAGAUCAUGAAAUUAAAAACUUUCUGACCCAGUGGGAUGUGAGGGAAAAAGAACUUAUCGAAAUGCGUGAGGAGGUCAUUGAAGAGGCAAAUGGUCUAAACAGCUUACAUGCGAUUGUGCAGAAGAGAAUGGGGGGGAAAACAUUAGGGGAGUUAGCGUUAGAGAAGCUAGAGCUUGAUGCUGCUCAUCUAGAAAUUGAGGCUGCAAUGAGUGCACUAAGAAACCUUGCAGAUUUGAGUCAGAAGCUGCUUGUAGAGACAAAAACAUCUCUCUAUAUAUCUACAGAUAAUAUUGUGCUUCCCAACAACACAGUAGAUAUGGAGUUUGAAAUAGAAGCCCAGAAACUAGGAGUUAAGAUGAGUACCAGAGAAGAUCUUGCAGCUUUGAAAGAAAGGUUGAUUGAGAGAGAUGCAGAAAUAAAGAGGACACAGGAGGCGGUUACAGAACUUUCAACAUUAACAAAACAGCUGAUUUCUGAGGCAGGCAUAAAAAGUUUUGAAAAUACUAAUAAUCUGGAGGAGGCUACAAAUAAUGAUAUUGCUACUGGUAAAGAAAUGAAAGCCGAUGAACUGGAAACCUAUGCUGUUUAGGUUCAGUUUCCUGUAACAUUAAUACAACUUUUUCUUGCACUCUGCUGGAGCUGUGGUGAGCUUGAGAAAUUUAUUAAGAUUUAGGUGUCUCUCAAGAAUGAAACUUCUCUCGCACAACUUGGAGAUGGAAAUGCUUUUUAAUAGAUCUACUCAGAGGGAGAACUAGCAGAUCUUUUCAAUGGGAAGGCGUCGGUGUUGCUGUUCACAAUACUAGAAAAAUUACUGAUAUAGUUUUUUGGACUACAUGUAACACAUAUUUCAAGACUGUACAGAAUUUUAGGUUAGACAUUAGAUUUAUUUCUCUCCUUUAUAAUCUAAAGUGCAUGUCUGUUAAGCUGCCAAAUGCUAUUUUUUAAGUUUUGUUCCUGCAUUCUCUAUCUUGAGGAUGCAAGUUUUAACCUAUUUUUUUUAUUGUAAAUUAUUUCAUCAAAUUGUGUCGUCAGUUGGGGCUAGACCUGAGAAGGCUCUAUAGGUUAUUUUCUGACAUAGAAGUUGUACACUAUUUAUCAUCUCCAACAAGAUUUUGAUUUUGAGCUACUGCUUGAUUGUAAAUGGACCAUUGUGGUUGGCUAGUCAACAUGAUUGUAAAUGGCUUAUGAUUGUAACCUACAUAACAUAUUGGUUUGGCUGUA